AUGACGGCCGUGCCACCGGGGAUGCCACGGAGACGGCUGAGCCACGAUGCCUACAGGGUGGGAUGGAUCUGUCCGUUGGAGGUGGAGCAGAUUGCAGCGAUGGAGAUGCUAGACGAGGAGCACGAACGUCUACCGCAACUGAGUGUGGACACGAAUAUAUACACACUUGGCAGCAUUAACAACCACAACGUCGUCAUUGCUGGCCUCCCUCAGGCAGGAAACUGCUAUGCCGCCACCGUUAUCACUCAAAUGCGUAUGACAUUUCCGUCCCUUAAGUACGGCCUAUUAGUCGGAAUUGGGGGUGGUGUGCCGGUAAAGACUGACCAUGGAAUGAUCCGCCUCGGGCAUGUCGUGGUUAGCGAGCCAACAGGUGUACACUCUGGAGCAGUCCAAUACGAUCAUGGAAAAGCAAGAAGCGGCUACUUUGAGCGCAAGGGUUUCCUCGCACCUCCACCAACAGUACUCCUCAACGCCGCACGAGAAGUAGCUAUACGACGUCAACGAAUACAAUAUGAUCCAGUUUGGGAGAAUACCCAGCGAAUUCAAACUACCCGUCGACAUCUUCGCCGCUUCAGGUACCCUGGUACUACGCAUGAUCACCUCUACCGACCAGAUUAUAAACAUCAGCAGGAAGGAGUAUCAUGCGAAGAGGGUGGAUGUGAUCCAACGCAGCGGAUCGAGCGACCGCUAGACGAGGACGAUGGUUUAUUUGUCGUCGUACAUAGAGGCACAAUAGCCUCUGGGGAGUUAGUCAUCAAGGACGCUAUAACGAGAGAUAACUUGGCGCACGAGCAUGGGGUGCUAUGCUUUGAGAUGGAAGCAGUAGGUGCCCUCGCCGAUUUCCCGUGUAUGGUUAUCCGUGGUAUCUCCGACUAUUGCGAUUCGCACAAGAACGAUAUGUGGCACGGGUAUGCGGCGGCUGUGGCAGCUGCGUAUGCCAGGCAGCUAUUUUUCCACAUUUCUAUUGAAGAGGAGGCGCAGAGGCGUAGUGUUCAGCCACUCCCGUCUGGUGGAACAAAGGCGAUGACUUAUACUACGGAGCUCCAAACAGAAUCAGAACCCAAUGCAAUAGAACACCAAUCCCGAACCUACUACGUUAUUCCAUCCUUAGCUAAUCGUCACUUCACUGGCCGCGAAUCUACGCUGGAAAAGCUCCAGCAGAUGCUAUUUGUCCAAGCGAGCAGUCAAAAGCUAGCGCUGUUUGGAUUAGGCGGCGUGGGCAAAACUCAAGUUGCUCUUCAGUUUACGCAUUGGGUGAAAACUCACACACCAGAGUGUUCUAUCUUUUGGGCCCCCGCUCUAAGUCUGGAGAGCUUUGAGCAAGCCUGUUCACAAAUUGUGAAGAAGCUGAAUACCCAAAGGUCAGACAACGAAAGUGCCAUGGAACUAGUGCGCGAACAUCUUAGCUCUCCCGCAGCUGGACGGUGGCUCUUCAUCGUGGAUAAUGCUGACGAUUACGACUUGCUUUUCGAUGAACUUGAGCCCUAUUUUCCGACGAGUGACAACGGGGCUAUCUUGCUCACUACUCGUUCCCGCGAGGUAGCGGUUUCAUUUGCGGAAAAGGACACCAUCGAACUUCAGAAUAUGACAGCAGGGGAAGCGACUUCUUUUCUGGCCAAAAUCGCAAGAGAAGAUUUACUCAGUGACCGAGCAUCAACCGCGCAGUUACUAGAGGAACUCCACUGCUUACCCCUAGCUAUCACCCAGGCAGGGUUUUACAUCAACCGCAAUAAUGUAUCGACCACACGAUACCUCGCCAUCAUGCAUAGUACUGAGAAGGACAGGAUGAACCUUCUGAAGAGAGAUUUUCAUGAUAGUACUCGCUACCUCAAGCUGCCAAAUGCUGUGGCAACAGCAUGGCUUAUCUCGUUUGACAUGAUCAGGAACUCUGACCCUGCCGCCGCUGAACUCUUGGAAUUCAUAUCUUGUAUUGAGCCGAAGGCAAUUCCACGGUCUAUACUCCCUCCGCUGGAAUCGGAAGAAAAAAUGGAAUUUGCACUUGGUACAUUGUGUGGCUAUGCAUUUUUGACCAAGAGAGAGGACGGCGAUAUGUUUGACGUACACAGUCUGGUGCAGCUAUCAAUGCGGCUUUGGACAGAAAAGGAAGGGCACACAUUCCUGAUUAUCAAGAAAACGUUGCAACACAUGGAAGAGGUCUUUCCCUCUGUUGAGUAUACCAACCGUGAGAUAUGGAGGGCGUACCUGCCGCAUGCCCUUCAGAUUCUCCAGAGAGAUGAGGAUAAAGGUAUGAGUGAGAGGUAUUCGCUUUUAUCUAAUGUUGCGGAUUGCUUCCUGGAAGACGGCCGAGCAAGAGAGGCCGUGGUCUAUUCUGAAGAGGUAUCUGCCUGGAACGAAACCAACUAUAAUGAAGAGCACCCCGAUCGACUGAUGUCUCAGCAUGAGCUCGCAAAAGCGUACCAAGCAAAUGGCCAGAUCAAGCAGGCUAUAGACCUAUUCGAGCAUGUGGUCGCGGUACGCCAGAGAACGCUUAGUGAGGAAGAUGCCAAUCGACUGUCGUCUCAGCAUGAGCUCGCAAUAGCGUACGAAGCAAAUGGGCAGAUCAAGCAGGCAGUAGGCCUACUCGAGCAUGUGGUCGCGGUGCGCCAAAGAACGCUUAGUGAGGAACAUCCUAAUCGACUAGCAUCUCAGCAUACGCUCGCGAUGGCGUAUAGGGUAGAUGGGCAGAUCAAACAAGCAAUAGACCUACUCGAGCAUGUGGUCGCGGUUGAAGAAAGAAAGCUCGAUGAAGAACAUCCUGAUCGACUCGCGUCUCAGCAUGCGCUCGCAAUAGCGUACGAAGCAAAUGGGCAGAUCAAGCAGGCAGUAGACCUACUCGAGCAUGUGGUCGCGGUGCGCCAAAGAACGCUUAGUGAGGAACAUCCUAAUCGACUAGCAUCUCAGCAUGUGCUCGCGAUAGCGUAUAGGGCAGAUGGGCAGAUCAAACAAGCAAUAGACCUACUCGAGCAUGUGGUCGCGGUUAAAGAAAGAACGCUCAAUGAAGAACAUCCUGAUCGACUAGCAUCUCAGCAUGCGCUUGCGAUAGCGUACAAAGCAAAUGGGCAGACCAAGCAGGCAAUCGACCUACUCGAGCAUGUGGUCGCGGUUGAAGAAAGAACGCUCAAUGAAGAACAUCCUAGUCGACUAGCAUCUCAGCAUGAGCUCGCAAUAGCAUACGAAGCAAAUGGGCAAAUCAAGCAGGCAAUAGACCUACUCGAGCACGUCGUGAUAUACAAGAGAACGCUUAGCGAAGAACAUCCUAGUCGGCUAGCCUCUCAGCAUGCGCUCGCGAUAGCGUACAAAGCAAAUGGGCAGACCAAGCUGGCAAUCGACCUACUCGAGCACGUCGUGAUAUACAAGAGAACGCUCAGCGAAGAACAUCCUAGUCGGCUAGCCUCUCAGCAUGCGCUCGCGAUAGCGUACAAAGCAAAUGGGCAGACCAAGCAGGCAAUCGACCUACUCGAGCAUGUGGUCGCGGUUGAAGAAAGAACGCUCAAUGAAGAACAUCCUGAUCGACUGGCAUCUCUGCAAGCACUAGCAGAUAUAAAGCAGUCCUAUCAACUGUAG